UUGUAAAUGUUCUUUAACACGACUAAAAAGUUUAACUUACAAACAACCGUCACACAUUGAACUCAUUUCCUUCCGAGUUUACGAAGAAAGAAAAAAACACUGAAAAUCUGCAAGAAAUCAUAAAUAACCAUACACUGCCAAAAAUGGAUCCUCUCCCCAUCAAAUCUGACGACAAACCUGACCAACUAUCCCCCACCGAUCCCACCCCCUCCCGCACCCUCCAAGUCUCCCACCCCACCUCCACCCCCGCCCAAAUCUCCCUCGCGUCCGCCAUCCUCUCCGGAAAGGACGACCUUGCCCGCGCCCUCUACGCCAGAACAUACGCCAAGAUCUCCACUGCCACCUACGACUGGGCCGUCAUCGUUCUCAUGCUCCUGCUCGGGCUAACCUCUGACCUCGUCGCGUCCUACACCAACCCCAACUCCACCGCCGAAUUGGACACGGUCUUUGUCGGUAUCGCUUCCUCCCUGAUCAUUCUCGUGUCCCAUGUUGACGCCUGGUUUAAGCAUCACUACAUCGGCGCAGACGCCGCGAUCGGGGUCGUAUUUGGGGUGCACAGGCUCAUCCUGUCUAUCCGGACGGGGUGGGCGUGGGCCGGUUCCGUUUCCGGUUCCGAGGGGAUUGUCCUGCCCGAGUGGAUGUUCCAGAUUUACACACUCGUCAUGAUUUUUAUUGGGGAAAACCACGUCAGCACGGCGACAGCGGUCAUUUUGUAUGUAAAUUUGGCGUUGUACUGUAUCAUUUUGGGGUUUCGGUAUCCCCUCGUUACCAUGGCGAUUGUUUUAGCGAAGGUGCGCGGGGGGCGGGAAGGUAUGAACAAGUUGGAUGAGUUUGUGAGAAGAUGGAAGAAUUGGGUGGCGGCAGGAUUUGCGGUGUUUCUGGGGGUAGUUUUUGUGUAUGUGGAGGUUAAAGAGAAUUCCGAGGGCGUGGGAGUGUUACAGGAGAAAAUGGAAGAGUGGAAGCCUUGCUUGAAAUUGGGGACAGGUUUUAUGAUUUUGUGGGGUCUUUUAGUCGGGACGGUGGGGAUUGUUUGUUGGGGUGCGGUAAAUUUGUGGGGGUUAUGUGUAUAUUUGAGGGGUCGGUGUAUUAGGGAAAGAAUUGUUUGAUAAAAAGAUGGGCUUAUGCGCCAGAUAUUUUUAAAUUUUUACAUUUUAUGGAAAAUGGGAAUUCCCAUAAUAUCGUAAGUUUAUUAACAACGGAAGGGAAUAAUUAUUCGAUAAUUUCUAACUUAUAAAAAUAAAAUUCUCAUAACUUUUAAAAAA